CUCCCCCUCACCUCCUCACCUCACUCUGUCACUCACCGAGCCACCGCCGCCCGCCGUCGUCUUCUUCGUCUCACCGCCGGACACCCAUUCUGAAGUCUGAAGGAACAGAACAGACCCGCGGCUCCGCUUCGUCCCUGUCUGUCAUCACCGUCGCCGUUGCCUCGCCGUUGCCUCGCCGUUGCCGCGCCGUCGCCGUUGCCAUCGUCUUGGUCUUCUGCUGUGUCAAACAGGGGAAGAAGGAUAAUCCAGAAUUGUGAAAUGGCGAAGAAGGGGAAGAAGCAGCUGAUGACGUCAGCGCCAUGGAGGGGCGACGACAACAACACUGAAUCAGAAUUCCAAGAUGCUAAGCUCAAAGUCACUACCCAGCCCGGUAAUGGCACUUCCACCAUGCACGUUCCUCGCUCCAAGUCCAACCACCAGCAUCACCACGACGGCGACGAUUCCAUCGAGAUUGACCCUGAGCUUCGCUACAGUUUCCAGCGCAAUUUUCAGUUUCUGCAACGGGUUUUUAGCAUCGACACUCUGGUGAAACCUCUUCCUCCUGCCAAGGCAUACGAUGUCUCUCGCAACUUGACCUUCUUCACCCGCAUCUUCACACAAUUCUUUGAUCCUGAAGGUAUUGCAAAUGCCCAGAAAUCAUUGGGCAUAGGACGGGAAGAGAAAGCUCGCAAUGUUCGCUGAAGAACUCUUAUCAAUGUUAUGUUUGUUAAUAUUUUGAAAAAGAAUUUUACAUUCUAGAUAAUAUUUUAAAUUCUAAAUUUCAUAUUUUGAAAAAGAAUUUUACAUUCUAGUCCUCUUUGAUGCUUGUUUGCAUUUUUUUCUGGUCCCCUUUUUUUUAUAACUAUUUUGUUCUUCUUUCAGAGGAACUUUUCAUUUUUUGGUUACUAAUAGGAUUCAAUCUUCAUUAAGUUCAUAGUACUGUACACCUCAUAGUUUAAAGUGUAAAAGUACAGAACAAUUUGUGCUCAGUGUACAAUUAUAAUUUAAUUGGACACUCAAACAUGGUAACCGUGUUAGAAAUAUUUGAUAUAAAAUGUGUUCAUUAUAAGGUGUAAUUAAUAGUGUAACUAAGGAGUGGAAAAAUUGGAUGAUUUUAUAGAAACAGAGGAAAGUGAAAUAAAGAGGGAAGGAAUGAGGAAGAGAGUGAGUCACAUGGGGUGGGGUAGCUUAUAGUCUUUGAUUGUAAAAUUUUUCUUAAUAGUUAAUUUAUAAAAUUUAAAUAUGAGCUAAGAUUUUUGGAAGCUUAAUAGUCUUUGAUUUUGAUGUCUAACUACUCAAGAGUUUAAUUUGCUUAAACUGUUUUCAGGAGGAUCAAUAAUAACAGUCUUAAUGGUGAAUUGCCAGAAUCAUUGGCUAAUAUGACACAACUUGCUUUUCUGUAAUAUUCAUUGAACUUUUUCUUUUGUUUCUUUUUGUGUAUUAAUAAUUCUGUUUUUGAAGUUUUCUCUUAUUCUAAUUAUGGUUAUCUGGUUUUUGUGAUUAUCAAUUUCAAUGACUUGUCCUACAACAACAUCAGUGGCCCUAUACCAAGAAUUUUAGCUAAAUCCUUCAAGUAAUAAAUCUCUUUUCCUUGAUUAUAUGGUGCAUUUGUUUCUAAUAGGCUUCAAGAAACCAAAAAUUCAGUAUUAACACAAGAGAAUGUUAAAGACCGGCACAAAGAAGAGUUUUGCCUCAUGUCAUCAAUUUCACUUGGCUAAUUACUUCUUGGAGGACAUGGAUGAUGUUCAUUCUACUCUCAAUUUCAUUGAGGAAGGGAAUCAAAUAAGAACCAAGGAGAGUUGUGGCAAAUGCAGGGUUGGAUUCAAGAACCCUAUGAAGGAAGCAAGAAAUGGAAUAUCUACAUGCAAGAAGCUGCUAAAGGUGUUGAAUAUUCUGAAAGAUAGGCUUGCCUUUUUUUUUUCGUGUCUAUAAGACACUAAUCAAU